AAUCAUCAUAGUGGUGUGUUGGUUGUUACAACCCACCCUCUCUCAUUUAGUGUGUGUUUUAUCAAACAUAUGCUUCUUAUGCUUGUUUAUGUUUGUCAAGUAUUGAAUUGCCAUUUAAAGAAGUCAGGAAGGUUGGGAUAUAAGAUAUAUCAUAUAUAAGAAGAAGAUUAGAACAAGCUUUGCUUAGUUGAAGAAAACACCAAAAAAGGGCUUCAAGAAAUGACCACUGCAAGAUUCAUCAAGUGUGUCACGGUAGGGGAUGGAGCAGUAGGAAAGACAUGUAUGCUCAUUUCCUACACUAGCAAUACUUUCCCAACGGAUUAUGUUCCAACCGUGUUUGACAACUUCAGUGCUAAUGUGGUGGUGGAUGGCAGUACAGUGAACCUUGGCCUAUGGGAUACUGCAGGACAAGAGGAUUACAACAGACUAAGGCCUCUAAGUUACAGAGGAGCAGAUGUGUUCUUGUUGGCCUUUUCUCUCAUCAGCAAGGCCAGCUAUGAAAACAUCUACAAAAAGUGGAUCCCCGAGCUUAGACACUAUGCUCCAACUGUGCCAAUUGUGCUGGUGGGAACCAAACUAGACUUGCGAGGCGACAAGCAGUAUUUGAGUGAUCACCCAGGGGCAACACCAAUAACAACAGCACAGGGAGAGGAACUGAGGAAGAUGAUUAGUGCAGUUGCUUACAUUGAGUGCAGCUCCAAAAGUCAGCAGAAUGUGAAGGCUGUGUUUGACACUGCAAUAAAGGUAGCCUUGAGGCCACCAAAAAUGAAGAAAAAGCCCCGCAAGGCAAGGCCAUGCAAUUUUCUUUAAGAUCAAUGUUCAAGAAUUUUUUUUUUUCCUUUUUUUUUUUUUUUAAUGGAAGUGUCAAAUCAAUUGUAUUAUUUGAAUUUAUUUCGUAUGAGCUCCCUUUGGAGCUGCAGAGGAUCUUUAGAGAGGACAUUAUAUGUGGAAUUUCGAAUUUGAUUUGUUUUUCUCAACA